UUUAUUCCAUCAUGAAUGGAAAAAAUAUAUUUUGAGAAAAUGUGCAAAUUCAUUUUAUAUUUGUCGUAGUUUAUCACAGCGGUGGACCUUACAGCGAAUAUAGACUUAUUGGAGUGUUUUCCAAAUGUAUUGUUUUGAUAGAUAAUGGAUCCAAGAAUGUGCAGGCAAAUCAGUAGUAGUGAAAGUCUUCCAGAUGCAGAGAACGUGGAAGUGGAGGAGUCCAAUAUUAUCAUGCCACAGGAAAGUGAUGAUAAUUUUCUUCUAGACGGUAGCCCGGAACCUCACUCGGUAACAUGGCUCGACGACGACCAGAUCGAUGACUUAGAUAUUAAUUUAGACCAAAAUAACCUAUUUUUUCAUAGAGUUGAUAGUGCAGAUAUAAUAUACAGAAAUAAAAAGAAAAAAUGUAAAAUGGUAGGGAAAUAUGUAAUGGGUGACGUGUUGGGCGAAGGUUCUUAUGGAAAAGUAAAGGAGAUGUUGGAUUCAGAGUCCUUGUGUAGACGAGCAGUAAAAAUAUUGAAAAAGAGGAAGUUACGACGGAUACCAAAUGGUGAACAAAAUGUGCAGAAGGAGAUUCAGUUACUGCGAAUACUUAGACAUAAAAAUGUGAUAGAACUAGUCGAUGUUAUGUAUAAUGAUGAAAAGCAGAAGAUGUAUCUAGUAAUGGAAUUCUGUGUUGGAGUGCUUCAGGACAUGUUGGAAUCAAGUCCUGGCAAAAAGUUUCCACAGCGGCAGGCUCAUGACUAUUUUACACAGCUGCUUGAUGGUUUAGAAUAUCUUCAUGGGCAAGGAGUAGUUCACAAGGACAUAAAGCCUGGAAAUUUGUUAUUAACACUCAACCAAACUCUUAAAAUCACAGAUUUUGGUGUUGCAGAGGCAUUGGAUAUGUUUUCACCAGAAGACACAUGUUACACUGGACAAGGAUCCCCAGCGUUUCAACCUCCGGAGAUUGCAAAUGGUGCAGAGACUUUUUCUGGAACUAAAGUUGAUAUAUGGAGCAGUGGGGUUACAUUAUACAACAUGACGACUGGUCGUUACCCUUUCGAGGGCGACAACGUGUUUCGGUUGCUGGAGGCGAUAGGGCGCGCGGAGCCCGCGCCGCCGCCGCGCUGCCUCGGCCCUGCGCUGCACUCGCUGCUCACUCACAUGCUCAGCCGAGACCCCGACCUGCGCCCCGACGUACAUCAGAUACGACGGCACGCUUGGAUACAAGCAACGCCCGCUCUGGAGGCAGGCGAGCGUCUCGUCAACCCGCGCUCGCGGCGCUCCGACGAGCAUCACAACUCCACAGUCAUACCGUACCUGGUCGAGAGACAUUACGCCUCCGCACAGGAGUACUUCACUGAGAGGGAUCUCAGGCACGAGCUGGGCGACAAUGGAUCAAGAACGAUGUCAACAGCGGAGUUAUCAGAUGGCGAGUCCACUCAAUGCAAGAGGCGGUGGCACUCGUCUUGUGGCCGACUGCCCUCUUGCCGCCUCACGUGAUCCCCGCACUGUCUCAAAUGUGUUCUGCAAUAAUCUAAAGUGUUCCACACUAAUCCACAGUGUUCCACACUAAUCCACAGUGUUCCACACUGAUCCAUUGUGUUCCACAGUGAUCUACAAUACUCUACACUGAUCCAAAGUGUUCAUCGAUGUUACACGCUGAUCCGCAGUGUACUCUACUGAUCCACAAUGUUCCACGCUGACCCACAAUGUUACGAAAUGAUCUAAAGUGAUCCACAAUGUUCAAUGUUCCACAUUGUUUUACACUAAUUCAUCGCAAUCGCAACGCACAGAAAUUAUACUGUACUUCGUCAAUUUGCGAUAUAUCGGUGUGUUACGACCUUACCGUAUAAUGUUACAGAAACUUACCGCCUGCUUUGAACCAAAUUCAUCUUAAUUUGUCCUUAUUUUGGAAUAAAUAUAAAAUGAACGAUUUUCCAAAAACGAUAUAUUAUCCCUUGAAGAGAAGUUUUGAAAAUAUUUGUGUACAGGCGAAAAAAAAAAUUAAAAGUAUAAUCUCGUAGGUACAGUCGUUCACAAAACUGUUUUCGUUAAAAUAAAUCGUUUAAUAUUUGGUAAAGUUGAUUUCCGAUGAACUCUU